AUGUCGCUCCCACCACAAGUGAUUCGAGUGAAGCGCAAGAGAGUCGAAGAAGCGCCAGUUACCUUUCUGCAGCUCGAUCAUGGUACGAAGCGACACCGAAGUGAAGCCAACUGGGUCUACCAACGAAAAGAUGCAUCGACAAAACGGCCUGGCCAGCAUCCAAACCAGGUACCCGUUAUACACGUCUCUGGAGGUCCAGGCGCUCCGACAGCACCAAAAGAAGAGCUGCCCUCCAAAACUCCUACUGAAGACGAAAUAAAACAGGCCAUCAGCUCCAACAAAGAGCAGCGGCGCUUCCACGUCUCCCGCGCCAUGCUUGCAGCUGCAGCCAAGCAGCCCACGGGUGGUAACAUAUUCAAGAAAGAGAGACAAAGGCCAACGCUGUUUGUAGAGCGCACAAAACGGAAGCGUCUUCUGGCAAAGCCCCGGCGUAGUCUGGCGCCACAAAUGAGCUCUUCGCAGGAGCUUCCAACGGAUGAUGUCAAGCAGAAGGAUUUAAAACGACCUGGCGUAUCGAAAAGGGCAGUAGGGGAAUCAGCAGAAGCAUCAACGAAAGAGGUGUUACCCGAACCAAUGAUCAACCGCCAUAACGAGGAUAUGGAUAAAAUCGCCGCCGACAUGAACGAGUGGGUUCUCCGAGAGGUCGGCGCGAGCUUGUAUCAGAUUGAAGAGGACAAGAAGGCGGCAGAAAAGGCAAGAUUUAAGCCAAAGGCACCGGCUCAGAGAUAUCAAGAACGUCAUCCACAACUACAGGAAGCCGACACAGAAAUGAGCAAUACUGCAACACCUACCGAAAUGAGCGAUGAGGAUGGCGAAGAGGGUGAAGACUGGAUUAUUGAAGAAUACAUCCGAGUGCCAGCGAAUUACAUGGCAAUCGAUGUAUCGCCAUCCGAUAUCGGUGUUUUGGUCCUAGAAGGCGAAGAAGAUACAAUGCUUUUCUACGGCGCGCAGAAUGACGAUGACGACGAGUUGGGCGAGGAUGAGGAGGAUGAAAACGCAGAAAACCACUACACUGCCGAUUAUCCGGAGGAUGAAGUGGCUUCUGACGAUGAAUACGGGCGUAACCCAUACUGGUUCAGAAACAAUAAUGCCUCAGACGACGAAGAAUUUGAUGAGGAUGAGUAUGACAGCGACGACAUGGCGACAGAAGCAGACCUCGAUGACGAUGCCAGAAUGGCCCGAAUUGUCGCCCAUAUGAAGCGUCACCGUAUCCAAACCGAGCAAGAGUUGGACUAUGCAUAG